AAAGGGCAGCUGCUCCUCACAGUGGCAGCCAAUCAGGAGGAGGUGUCAAGACAGUCUCAGACCUCUCUGCAUCUUUUACUUUAAACUUAUUUUAGUUUAAGUUUAGUUUAACUUUAUUCAGCUUCUCUGUUCGUUCUUCAUCGUCCUUUUUUGUAAAGAUGACCAGGGCAUUGAACAUCAUCCUCCUCACUCUGGCCGUCCUCCUCCUCGGGGGGUUGGAAGAAACAGCAGAAGCCUGCAGAUGCUCCCAAGUUCAUCCUCAAAGGCAAUUCUGUAACUCAGACGUGGUGAUCAAGGCCAAGGUAGUUGGAGAGGAGACUGUUUAUGAUGGCACAUUUCCUGUUUCCAUCAAAUAUAUCAUCAAGAAGCCCAAGGUCUUCAAGGGAGAAUGGCAGGAAGUCAAUGCAGUUUUCACCCCGUACUUCGAUGGGUUAUGUGCUGUACAUCUGCAGACUAAUGGCACCGAAUAUCUUCUCUCAGGCUACAUGGAUAGUGAUGGGAUGCACAUCUCACUGUGUGGGUUUAACGUACCAUGGAACAGCCUGACUGACACUCAAAAGCUGGGUGUGACUCAACACUACGAAAAAGGCUGUGAAUGCACGAUUCAGACCUGCUUCACGCUGCCCUGUGAGACAUCAGACCCACAGGUGUGUCUGUGGACCGACGUGGCGUUUGAUGUUCAACAACAGGCCGAUCACUCCUCCUGCAUCAAGAGGGAUGAUGACACUUGUGCCUGGUACACUAGUCCAAGGGUCCAAAACAGACGUAGAAAAGGGUAUUAACUCUGCACUGCACUUUGUCACGAUAUGAGCAUUUAAUAAAGACCUUUUAUCAUUUGGGAAAUCAA